CCCGAAUCCCCGCGACGGGGGCAUGCCCUUUUCCAAAUCCCAACCCUGAUUAUCCUGGCUUUCUUUCACCUUGGUUACAGCGGUUAAAUUCGCCCACCAUUCAGCGUCUACAUUCGUUUCUAUGCGCAUACUGGCAGACCUGUGAAAGCUCUGCGCAGUCACAAGCGUCGCACCUUCGGCCCCCAAACGGACACCAAUCGUCUCUUCUCCGUCUCGCCUCGACUGUCUGGCACAGUCCUGCUCGCCCGCCGCAAGGUGUUCAUCCACAGUACGACGCUGGGCAAAUCUGGACGUUCGGACGGCACACUUCGGAUCUCUCGGCAUCGGAGCGCAAAAAACUGCCUUUUGAUCUCCGUGCCGUACUUCCUCUUUCUGUCGCCCUUCUGCGGACCUGCAUCAUGUCCGUCCAAUUGUUCCUGAUUGACCGCAUCGGAACGUGAGUUGGCUGCGCCUAUCCGCUCACUAUAUGACGCUCUACUCAACCCACCUUUCCCCUCAGCGGAUCAUCGACCUACCGGGCGGGGAACGGGAGUCGGUCAUCGCCGUGGCCGGCGCGAUACUCCACCCCCUUCCUGCAUCAAAGCCGAUGAAUCAUGAGGGUUCUGUUUGUUGGGAAAGGGAUAUCCGCACACGUGAUUGAAGAACGCUCAUAGAGCGUUGCGACUUCGACUCGCCCUCCCGAUUCACGAUCAAUAGCUCUAUGCGCCAGACUCACCACUCAUAUGAAUGUCAGCCUGAGCGGCGUCAAAAUCCGCGUCAAAUCCGCGUCCUCAAGCUUUUUGAGCAUCCAAAAUUUUCGCUACAAGUCGGUUGUCUGGUUUCCGGUAACCCACGAGGUUGACAGCCUCUUUUAAACAACAAGAUGCCUGUUGGUCUGGAACCAGGCUGCGACCUACUUCGACCUUUAGCUCAGUGACAGUUCCCUGCAUGCGGGAUUCUCUCACACCAAGACGCCUCCUCGUCGUAGGUUGUCUUGCACAAGUCUCGUUGAAAGUCGCCUUCCCGGACGCCCUCGCCGGCUAUGGCUUGGCCGGCUUGACCCUUCCUCCUGUGAAGAUGCGCCAUCGGCCUGGCCAGUCAACCAGUGCCUGUACACCAUGACCCGGGGCAAAAGAGACACGAUUUGCAAUUGUACAACGUGCAACGAGGAGCUUGAGGGCCGUUCACAUCAUGGUUGAGCAUGGCGCCGGAUUGGGUUAUCGUGACUUCGGCUACCUAAAGUGGCUGCGGUCCGACAGGCAGCUGGGAAUGUGGACGCCCAGAUCCGAUGGAGCGGGCACGCUACAGACAGACUGGCACCCACGCAACCACGCACCAUCGAGAUAGACUGUUGAAACCACAAGUCUAGGCGUCGGCGAUGCCUGACACCGGCCCUGUCACGGUCCUAUGUUGACUUCGACGGACUUUGGCUAUGCUUUUCGUAUGCUUCGGCGGUUGACCAGCUGAUGCCAUCUUAGUCCUUAGCUGGGCGAGAAUGCCUUGCUGCCCUUGCUACUGUCGCUAUCAUCAGCUGAUCGCUCUUCUAUGCAUCGAAUAACCAGUCUACCGGAAGGGGACUGAUUAACCACGCCUGCGUCGAGAUAUCUCUUUGUCUCGAGAUGAUCGCCAAAGUAUCCACCGACCUUGACCUGGGUUCGGCUCGCAACGUCGGGCUUCUCGAGAGAUCGCUUUCGCCAUAGCCAACGCGCCUCUUCAGUCCUUUGUUCGUCGUGAAAUCGAUCUACAACCCUCGCCAUCAUCGGCGACAUAGUCGUCAUCGGCACAGGAUCUGAGAGAGACCAUCGUCGUCCGUGUCGCCUGAUGGUUUUGUACGUCAAUCCAAGCAAAAAUGGCGCGCCUGCAGACAAAGAAGUGAUCAACUCGCCGUCAAGGGGAACACAGCAAGCAUUGGGUUGAUCAGAGUGUUGUAUGUUCAGCUAAAGUGGGGGCUCACUGCAAAUAUGCCGAUGCCAUCACGGAAUGACCCUGUCAAAACCACGAAUGUAGUAGGUAUGGCUGGCUUGAACACGGAACACUGGUCAGAUUAUCGAGAUUCGAGAUUCGAGCUGCUGGCACGGACAUGCUGGUCUUCAACAGGCGGCCUUGAUCGGGAUUCCAUUGAAGCCUGAAGACCAAGAUCCAUGACAACCCCUACGCUUCUCAGAUCUAUCAAUACCGGACCUGCUUUCACUGCGAUCUGUCAAAUGUGAUGAUGAGGCGAUAAUCACGUUGCUGGCAGCACGUACGGGAGUUGCCCGGAGAGGCUUUUCAUCAUCAAAGACCUCUGGUGCGAUCUGCCAAAGGAUGUGGUGGACGCUGAGACGCACGUAAUCUCGAUUGUCCGUGGGAAGGACGAAACAGACCCGCGCCUAACAGCCGCAUUGACAUCAAACGCCUGCUCAACCCACCUUUUGGGGUUCUCAGGCUCGGAAAAUAAGAAUUUCAUCGCGGUACCUGACGGGACGACGUCUGUUCUCCCCAGCCUGCGCUUUUGAAUCUCAUGGCGUGGGCGCUAGGCCGACGCCAUGCGUGCCCGUGUACCUAAGAAAAGAAGGACAUGAAAUGAUCGACCCUUGAGCGUGCGUCCGAGCAACAUCGGACGACUCGCAACGAGACGGUCAACGGCUGCUGUCAUAAGGAGAGAGGAGUGCUCAAACGACUUAGUCGACCUCUCGCCGCUGGCGUAGCACUGGAUGACACGGUUCCCGUGGCUCGCCAAGGCCAAUGGUCGUUUUCAGGUCGAGCCUCGAUGCCGCGGGGCCCCACUCACGAUGCAAUGCUAUGUAAAGCACACACUUCGCCCGCACGCUGCAGGUCGCAGGACGAGAGAGAUCAGCACGAAUGUGGGAUCUCCAGGGGCAGCGCGACCGAAGCGGCCAUGGAAAACCCUUGAGACUAUGCAUCGCGUUGAGCCUGUCUGGUUCCUGCGUCCGUCUGGUUUCUCCGUCCGACUCGUCUCCCGCUCUGUCCACAUCUGGCCUAUGCCGAAUUCGACCACUUAGAUGGCGAUAUGACUAAACAAUUAGAGUGCAGCAGCACAGCAAACGUCCACCGGCUUCUUAGGACUCCGCGGAAGCUUCGAGACCAUGGGGAAAGGGCGGAAUUCUACAAAACAUCUUACUCGCCUCUCGGCUGCCUGUUCACGUCUAUCGUGAAUUGCACGGCACGCCGGAUCAUGUGACGACGGUCCAGGCUCGACAGCUCGAGAACGUGGACGAAAGUGGCUUGUCCGCAACCGAAAACAUGGAGAUAACAUGCGGCAAUGGGAUUGAAUAUACUCAAGAAAUCACUAUAGAUGAGAGGCAACGACUGGCCAAGGUCCCCCAUCUCAGUCUGGAAAUCAGGUGUGGCUUGCUCUUCCGCCCAUCCUUCGGCGCCAAGUGGGCGAAACUAGAUCAGCCCGCGCCGUACCUUGCAUUCCGCAAACGGCCAUCUGAGACCACUUCCGUCGUAGCAACAUGUUGGUUCUGCCCGCUCAUCCCCCCCACAACUCUCUUUCUUUUGUGGCGUUUCUACUUUCAGGGUACGCUUUCGCACUUUGAUUCUGUAGACAGAGAGGGUUGAACAUUCCAGUAACGCCCGGCCCAAUUCCCAGGCAUUUUGACAUGGCGGCGGCACAUAGCAAUACGGUUGACUGAGAGGUGAAGUCGUCCCAAAGCGCCAUUGAACCAAACGCAAACAGGUCUAGCAGCUUGUCUCGAUCCGCGAGAUGGGAUCCUCGAUGGGGUCGAGCAGGGAUAACCCAGACCCAUGCCCUGCAGCGGGCAUGAGUACGAGACUACGACUAUACGGUAGCGGUGCUCAGAAAACACAACGACCCAAUUACUACCACACCCGACUUCCAAAUCCCCUUUUGGGAUGGACUUCUCGACCGGACGUGGUAGCACUCGCCCUUCACCCCAACGCACGUCCUCAGCCGGCGCUCUCGUCGAGAAUACACCACGAUGUCUCCUCCCAUCUCCACUUGGACGAUGGACACUGAGAGAGAGAGAGGCAACUCAGCCACUGACACACUCUGCCCGAGACGGAUCCUGGCUUCGGUCACCCUUCAGUCUAGUCCUAGUCCAGCACUGCUCGAGAGUCCAGGCCGACCCCAUCUAACGAGCUCGUCCAUGGCGGACAGGUAGGUAAUAUGGCUGGUGAGAAAGGUGGAUGUGUGUGUUGUGUUGUUUGCUGUUGGUAUCCGUGUUCCCUGUUUCAUACAUAACCUGCCGGCUUCCGUCUGACCAUUGAGAACCAAGAUCACGCAUCUCAUCCAGGUUUUUUGUUUCCAUCCUUCACCGCCCAGGACCCCUUGAAGUCCCCUUAUAUUCACCAGUGCCCCUCUGAUACGAGGUCACCUUUUAUUCUUAUCCUGUGUAACUGAUACUCGAUAACGGUGGCAUCUUGCCUUGUCUUGUACCUUACCUCGGUUCUUGACAUCAUCUCCGACCCUCAACUAGACGACUCAAACAACAUCAACACUCUGUACCAAUAUUAUCAGAGCGAUCUAUUCUCCUUACCCGAUUAAGAAGCCACAGCGCCUCGCCCAUUAUCGAAAUCACAGUCUCUGAGCUUGUUCUCGGUCUAUCGCCACCGACAACGCUCUUCGCCGCAUUCGAACAAGACAUUGUGAACCAGUCCGAUUGCAGCGGUUUAAGAACGUCACACCUUCGAGGCCAGAACCGACUUCGGUCGCAAGGGGGACCCUUACCUUCACGUAUCCUUCCUCACUUCAAGAAGAGAGCUGUGCUCCAUCUCUAUUCACUUUGGUCGACAUUUUCACAUCUGAUACCACGCACCUUCCUCACCUUCCUCCUCAGACCUUGAGCAACCCUCCCUCUCACCACCACCACCACCACACAACGCCAUACACAUCAACUUCAUUCAACGCGAAUCACAAUGGGCAAGCGAGUAUUUGUCGACUGGGAGUUGUGGCAGCAGAUGACUUUUGUACUGGCUUGUGCCAUCGGCGUCGUCUUCAUUAUAGGCUUCGUGAAGCUAUGGUGGUCAAAUCGAUACAUGGCCAAGCUCGAAAUCAUUGACGCGGAAAAGAGGGCACAUGCCUCAGAGAUGGAAUCAACCGGCCUGCCGGCCCCACGAAAGCAAGACGAAAUCCCCUUUGGCGUCCGCGCCAUCCAGUCCGGCAUCGAAGUCGACGGCAUUUGGAUCUCCCGCCCCAACACCCCUGCCACCGACUCCCCUCCCAAUUCCGCCAAGGGCAAGGGCAAGUACGUCUCUAUGGGUCCCAUCUCACCCGCCUCAACAAACUCCUCAGACCCCUUUGGCUCUCCGCCUUCGUCUCGCGGCGGCAACGGUGUUGCGAUGGCUCCUCAAACAUAUCGCCCCAAGUCAUUCUCCCAGAACGCCACUGCGAGCCGUGCCGACGCGCUGAGCCAGCUUGAGGGCAACCCGAACCCGCCAACCGCACCCUCCUACGGUACUUACCAGCCUCGCGGAAACGUCGCCCAUUCCGAGUCCUCGGAUGAGGCCGGUAGCCCUGUCAGCCCUAUCGAUCGCGGCAACGCUGGCAUCAGCAGCGAGAACUACAACGGCAUCGACGUCCGAGUACCCAUUCGAGCCUCACCCGUCGUCAACCGCCAGCUCACCAAGGUCCGCAACGUCACCGGCGGCCCUGCCCAGCAACCGACGACAGGCGGCGGUGUCCGCUCUUUCAGCGGCAGCUUGCAGCUGCCUAAGAACGGCAAGGGAACGUACUCUACCGUGCCGCAGGGCUCGCCCGGCGGGGACUUCACUGAUCCCUUUGCUACACCUGUUACUACUCCUGGUGCCGACCAGGCGUUGCUUCCUUCCCAGCAGCAGCAGCAGGGAGCUCAUCACGUCAAGUUUGCGAAUGUUGAGUAUAUCACCACUCAGCGCUACGCCAGCGAUGGUAGCAGCGGGAGCAGCGGCAGCAGUAGCAGCAAUAACCACAACUAAGUCAUUUUUUUUUUAGGCUUGGGUAGUGUGGGUGAUUGACGGUACAUCAGCAUCGGAUGGUAAAGCGAGUUUUUUGGCUUCCUUUUCUUUUUCUUUCGCGAAUCUUCUCACAAACUUGGAGAGUAAUAUCGUAGCAACUGUAUGAAUAACAAAGGGCAAUCUGUCGAAUAUGGACAGCGGGGGGGUGGAUACUAGGUUCCGUGGCCUCUCUCAAUCACCCAAGAGAUGGUACACGAGGGGAAAGGCGUUUCAGGCAUGUAAAAAAGAUUCAUCAUCGGGAACACAUUAGACGGUGAGCACCUCUUGCGCAGCAAGGUCUCUCGUCGACCUUCUCUCUCCAAUAUGAGAGAUUGGGGCAGACUAUCAUUAAAAGGACAGCAUUCCAUCCAUAGAACAAGCACAAUCACAAGAAGA